AUGUUCCGGCACUCUACAGCCUCAACGAGGGACUCGUCGACCAAUUUGACAGUCACGGUACCACCUCAGCCUACUACAAUACCGGUAAUGUCCAGUGCAGCAACAAAAUUCGAUAAGACAAGCUCAAUGAUUACCAGCUUGAAGUCAACGCUCCAGGGCUCACACGCCAAGUCCAAGAUUAAUGGAUUAGGUAACAAGCACGCUGCCAGAGCUACCAAGGCGACAUUGAAAAACAGAAUAGCCAAAUACCAAGAAAACUUGCGGCGCGCCGUCGCCAACCUUACAAACAUCGACGAACUACCCCAACCAUCAGCGUCGAAACCCACCUCAUCCACACCCAACGCAGACGCUUCACCAGCUGCACGACCACACCCGACCCUCACAGCUUGCGACUUCGAACUUGGCGGCUCCCUCGGCCGUGGCAAGUUUGGACGUGCCUCUCUCGCCCGUCACAUCAACAUAAACUACAUCUGCGCCCUCAAGAUCAUCUCAAAAGCGCAAUGCGCAUCUGCCUCCGAAGAAAAGUUGAUCCGACGCGAAUUAGAGAUCCAUCAAAACCUUGCUCACAAGAACAUCCUUAAGCUUGUCUCAUGGUUCCACGACGACAAGAGUAUAUACUUAGUCCUUGAAUACGCAGCAGGCGGUAGUCUCUACUCACGGUUGAAGAAGCAACCCAAAGGCCGAUUCGACGAAAAGACCACCGCAACCUUCAUCGUACAAAUCGCCCUAGCACUGCGCUACAUGCACUCCAAGAACAUCAUCCAUAGAGACAUCAAGCCUGAAAAUAACCUCCUAGGUCUACAGUCUGACAUCAAACUUGCAGACUUCGGGUACCGGUACAGUGUGCACUCUGAGUCUGGUCUGCGGUCUACCGUCUGCGGCACACUAGACUACCUGUCCCCUGAAGUCGCGCUCAUGCUGUUAAAGCCAGGAAAGAGCGAAGAGUACUAUACCAAAGCGAUUGAUCAGUGGAGUUUGGGUGUUCUGACGCAUGAGCUGCUCACGGGGAGACCACCGUUUGAGACAAAGAGUGGUAAAGCGAAGCGGAAGAAGAUUGCGAGGUUCAAUGGAAAGGGGUUGAAGUUUCCGGGACACAUCAGUCAGGGGACUGAAGAGCAUAUCAAAGAGCUGCUCAACCUUGAUGCGGAGAAGCGAAUCAGCCUAAACGAUGUGCUAAGACACCCGUGGAUUGUGCGCAAGAGGGUUGGCUCCGUGAUCGAAUUGCGCGACGAUGAUUUAGGCCGCCUCAUAGAUAGGCUUGCAUCGCUCGCAGCAUCAGCGCAUGGUUCAGGUGCAACAGAAACAAGAGGUGGCUCUUUGAUAGCCCGUGAGGAACUGUCUAAUUCGCACCAUGAUGAGCCCGUAAGCGAUGACACUCGUUUGGUCGCAGAUACCGGUAUGCUCCGCGAUUAG